ACUGACCAACACAGUGGAUAAUGGAUUCAGAAGAUAUUUAUGAAAAUGUUGAAUGCAAAGAUAUUGUGAGCACAACUGGAGCGCAAACUCAGAGUCACGGCCGGGAUGAAAGAAAAUAUCUCAAACACAGAGAAACUAGAUGUUUGGUGUUGAUCUCAGUGGGUCUCGGGCUCAUUUGUGCUCUUCUGCUGGUCUUCAUCAUACUGCUCAACAUCACCAUCACAGCAGAGAGAGACCUGAUAAAGAGUUACAAGAACACAGUUGAAGAGCUCAAUCAAACCAUCAACCGCUUACAGGACAAUUAUACUGAUCUAACACAGAAGAACCUGCUGCUGGAGACCAGAGUCAAUGAUCUCACUGAUGAGAAAAAACAGUUACAGAGAGAUUUUGACUCUUUGAAUAUGAAGGGCCUAGUUAAUUUCUUCAUGUCCACUGAGUUGAGCUGGUCUGACAGCAGACAGUACUGCAGGGAUCGUGGAGCUGAUCUGGUCAUUAUCAACACUGAAGAGAAGCAGAGGUUCAUAUCUUCAUUAGUCAAGGAAAGAGUGUGGAUUGGUUUGUCUGACACAGAGAACGAGGACAUCAUGAAAUGGGUGGAUAAUUCACCACUGAAACAAGGGUUUUGGUCAACGGGUGAGCCAAACAAUGAUGGAAAUGAGGACUGUAUUGAAAUGAAUUUUAAUAGAGAGAAGCCAGGAUGGUCACCGCUGAACAGCUGGAAUGAUCUUUCAUGCUCCAAGAAGAAAAAGGGGAUUUGUGAGAAAUAGGGUUCAACCUUUUCUAACGGUUUUGCUUUUUUUUUUGUAAUGUAAUCAUUCUUAUUGUAAACGCAUAAGUUCUUAUUUAGGUCCUGCCUUUAAAAUAAAAACAAUCAGCGGAUCUUAAAUUUGUUAAAAGGACAAUGUGUAAUUUUCUUAUGGUUAUAAUAAUCUUUAUUUCUGAUGCCGUGAAUUUGGGUGAUCUGUGACACAAAACCUCUGAUGUGUUCAUGUUUUUCUCCAUCACAAGCAGCUCUAUAUUAAUAUGAUCUUAGUUCAGCUGUUAUCAUGAUCUCAUUUGUUGAUCUGAAGUGUUGAGGAGACAAUCAUAGUAAACUACAGAAGUCUAAAGUGUCCAGAUUACUCUGAUUCACUUUCUUAUUCUGAUAUUGAGUGUCAUUAAUUGAUUUCUCUCUGAAUAAAUGUGCC